AUGUCUCCCACCGAUCUCGAGGGCAUGAAGCCCGAGGCAAAUACGCCUGAAACCGAUGUUCAGAGCAUAUCCAAGGGUGCUGUCGAGGUCGGUCACACGGACAUUGGCUACGACUACUAUCUCGAAUCCCAAGCCAUGGAUCCGGCACGUAGAGACGCCAUCGCCAAGCAGGUUCUGAGAAAGAUUGACUUCAUUUUGUUGCCCUCGAUGUGUCUCAUCUACCUCAUGUCUUUCCUCGACAAGCAGACCCUCAACUAUGCGAAUGCCUAUGGCCUCCAGGCCGAUCUCGGUCUCGAAGGGCGGGACUAUUCCUGGGUGGCCUCGAUCACCAACAUCGGCUAUCUCUUAUUCUCCUACCCAUCGAGCUGGUGUCUCCAGCGUUUUCCGAUCGGAAAGUUCGUCUCGAUCAUGCUUCUGUGUUGGGGCACAUUGCUAGUCGCCACCGUCGGCGCCAAGAACUUUGCUGGUAUCAUGGCGCUUCGCUUCCUUCUUGGCGGGCUAGAGGCUUGCAUUGGCCCGGCAUGGAUGCUUGUCACAUCCAUGUUCUGGACUCGGGACGAGCAGCCGUUGAGAAUGUGUAUCUGGCUAGGCUGCAACGGUAUCUCGUUGAUGCUUGGCUCGGGGAUUUCCUGGGGACUUGGCACGACGACACAUACCGCCUUGGCCCCUUGGCAGCUCAUCUUUCUGGUCAUUGGAGUGAUUACUCUCUUUAUCGGAGGGAUUGCACUUUUCCUAUUCCCGUCAAGCCCGGUUGACUUCAAACUCUUCACCCACGAGGAGCGGGUGGUCUCCGUUUGGCGAGUAGCCGACAAUCAUACGGGCAUCAAGCACAGCCAAUUCCUACCUUACCAGAUGAAGGAAGCUUUCUUGGAGCCUCGCGUAUGGUGUGUUGCUUUACAGCAAAUCUCCAUUGGCAUCAUCAAUGGCAGCCUCACGAACUUCACCAGCGCCCUUCUCAAAGGCUUUGGAUACAACUCCAUCGAGACAUUGAAAUGGCAACUGCCCAGCGGGGCAUUUCAACUUGUCCCAACUGUCAUCCUCGGCUAUCUUGCUUCGCGUUACAGGAACAUUACCGUUCUCAUGAGCGUACUUGCGGGUGUUCCGUCUAUCGCAGGAAUCAUUGGCAUCGCGCUCAUUCCCCUCGAGCGUCCUCUGGCACUUACCGCAUGCUGCUGGCUUCUUGGAGUAAUUGGCGCUGCGAUCAUUCUGAAUUGGUCCAUUGUCGCGGCUAACUUUGCCGGCCACACGAAGCGCAUGACGGUCAAUGGGGUAAACUUCAUCUGCUAUGCUGCGGGGAACAUCAUCGGCCCUUUCAUGUUUGAUCCCGAAGAGGCUCCGCGAUAUAUGUCUGCCAUAAAAGCGCUUUGUGGCAUGUAUUCUAGUUGCAUGUUUUUCACGGCAUGUAUCGGCGGCUUGAUGUGGUGGGAAAACAGAAAGCGCGACGCGCGGCUUGCUGAAAUGACAGGGGGCGAGCACGUCAACGCGGGGCAUGGCGAUACCGAGGUGAACGAGGUUGGCUUCACGGACCGCACCGAUAAGGAGAAUCCUCAUUUCAGAUACAAGCUCUGA